AUGGAUUGCUACGAUGAAUUGUUUGUUGAAAUAUUAUCUUUUAUUGAUAAGUACGAAGAUUUAAUCAAUUGUCAUUUGGUUGACUUUAUUACUGACAAUCUUUGGGAAAAAUGUUUGCCUGGUGCUUUGAAAAGCGAACUAGAAGAUUUGGAAAAAAUAAAUUAUAAUUUGACCGUCUACAGUCAUAUAAAUGAAAAUUGUGAAUUAAAAAAUUUUAUUGAGAAAAUUAAUUACUUAAACUUAAAAAAUAAUCCUCAUCUUUUAAAACUUGAAGACUUAUCUGUUUUAUCUGAUAAUAAAUUCAGCUGGAAUGAAUUUUGUAACAAAAAUAAUGACAAUAAUAAUAAAAUAAAACAAAACUUUAUGAAGGAUAAAAAGAAUUAUGAAAUUGAAGUUCUGACAAAAGUUAUUGGAUAUUUGUCAAAAAUAAAUUCAAGUUUAGUAAUUGAUGUUGGAGCUGGUAAGGGUUACCUAGGUACAAGUUUGUAUGAAAAUUACAAAAUACCGGUAGUUGCUAUUGAUUCGUGUGAAUCAAGACACAAAAGUGCUAUCAGUAGACAAAAAUUGCUAUUGAAAAAAACACACAAGUCUUAUCCUCUGGUCCAGCAUUCAAUCAAUUACAUAAAUGAAUCAACAGACUACUCAGAAUUAAUAAAUUCGGCACUUCCAGAUUACAAUGGUCAGGAUAAUUAUCUUCUUGCUGGAUUGCAUACUUGUGGAUCAUUGGCUGGAGCAAUGAUAAAAGGAUUUUUAAAUUCUCCGAGUCUUAAAACUCUUUGCGUAGUUUCAUGCUGUUAUCAUUUAACCGAGGAAUGUUUAACUAAAAAUUGUAAAUUCACGACAAAUGCUCGCAUGCUUGCUCAACAAUCAGUCGAAAGAAUGUCUAAAAAAUCUAAACAGUAUUCUCCUUCUUUAUUUUACCGGUCAUUACUUCAAAAAAUUGGACUUGAACAAAAUCAAAUUCCUUCUACUGAAGAUUUAGAAAAAUUACAUCGAGCUUAUGCCGAUCGAGAAUGGAAAAUGAAUGCUUUUCAAUACUUGAGAGUUCAUUUAGCUUCUUUAAUUGAGUCGGCUUUAGUUUUAGACCGGGUAAUUUAUUUACAAAAGAGUGGUAAAUGCUCAAAAGCAUCUGUUGUACGUCUUUUUGAUCCGUUAUUAUCACCACGUUGCUAUGCAAUUAUUGCUCUAAAGUAA